UUUGAUGACGUUUUUAUGUAACUCCGGUUGACUGCGCGAAAUACAAAGCGACAAGAGAAGGGUUCGGCGCCGGUUGCGCUUCAGUAAGCCAGUCAAAGAUAUGCGAAUAACAGCACCACCAGCCAGUUGGUGUAUAUUUUAUCCUCGCUGACCGACUCUCCUCCUCUCUGCAAUGGAGUACGGGAAGGAGAGAGUGGUAGCUUUAGUGGACAUGGACUGCUUUUACGUGCAGGUGGAGCAGAGGCUCAACCCAGCUCUGAAGAACACUCCCUGUGUGGUGGCCCAGUACAAGACGUGGAAAGGAGGCAGUAUCAUAGCUGUGAGCUACGAGGCCAGGGCCCAUGGCGUCACCAGGAACAUGUGGGUGGACGAUGCAAAGAAACUGUGCCAGGAUCUCCAGGUGGCACGAGUGCGUGAGUCUCAUGGCAAGGCAGACCUGACACAUUACAGGGAGGCAAGCGUGGAGGUGAUUGAGGUCAUGUCCCGCUUCGCUGUGAUUGAGAGAGCCAGCAUUGAUGAAGCCUACGUCGAUCUGACUGCUGCGGUCCAGCAGCGAUUGAAAAACAUGACCGAUAGUCAAAUUGAGCCUCACCUGCUGAAGACAACCUACAUCCAGGGGUACCCACAAAGCUCACCUGAACAGGAAGAAUCUGCCGAAGAAUCUGCCUUGGAUAAAGAGGGGCAGAGGUCCAGAGGUCUCCAGCAGUGGCUGGCAUCCUUACCUGUCCCUCUAUUAGGGGAACAGAACUCUGCAGAACUGCAGCUAACUCUGGGGGCAAUCAUUGUAGAGGAAAUGAGAGCAGCUGUAGAGAAACACACAGGUUUCCGCUGUUCAGCAGGUAUAUCACACAACAAGGUAUUGGCCAAACUAGCUUGUGGUCUGAACAAACCCAACAGACAAACUGUUCUGCCUUUGGACUCUGUGACAGAACUUUUCAGCUCUCUUCCCAUCGGCAAGAUCCGUAACCUGGGGGGGAAGCUGGGUGCCUCCAUUACAGAAACUCUGGGAAUAGAGAACAUGGGGGAUCUGACUCGCUUCUCUCAGGCUGAACUGGGACAGCACUUUGGAGAAAAGACAGGCCAGUGGCUGUAUGACUUGUGUCGGGGGAUUGAGUUUGAAGCAGUGAUACCCAGGCAGCUUCCUAAAUCCAUUGGCUGCAGUAAAAACUUCCCCGGGAAGACAUCGCUGGCUACAAAAGAGCAGGUACAAUAUUGGCUUCAUCAACUGGCCCUUGAGCUGGAGGAGAGACUUACUAAGGACAGAGAAGUGAAUGGUCGUGUGGCUAAAUUGUUGACGGUUGGUGUACGUCAGAUGGGGGACAAGAGGCCGAGCAGCUUCUCUCGCUGUUGUGCCUUAGUACGCUACGAAGCGACCAAACUGUCCGCUGACAGCUUUGCCAUCAUCAAGAGUCUCAACACAGCAGGAAACCACCAGGCAGCAUGGACUCCACCCCUCACCCUGCUCCAACUCUCAGCGAGCAAAUUCAGUGACGCUCCAUCAGCAGGCGGCAUUGCCGGCUUUCUUUCCAGCGAUGUCACUUCAACCCAAAGUCUUCUCUCUUCCACUCAGCCCUCGACCCAGACACCUGCUGAACUGAAAAACGACUCGGCAUGCAAAGGACCAGGCACCAUCCAGUCGUUCUUUCAAAAGGCAGCUGGGAAACAAAGGCAGAAGGUUACAAAAGGCGUAGAGGAGGAUGAUACAGGAUCGACAGGGAUUCUCCCAGCUUCCUCAUCUCACAAAACCUCAGCCACUGAAAGUCAGUUGGAGACCAAUUGCUCUGGUUCUAAAAAUGGUUCAGCAAGCCCCCAGUCUGGCAUUUCCUCGUUCUUCCACAAGAAGAGUCUUGAAAGAAGCUCACAGGCCUCAGCAUCAAACAAACCUCAAAUGGGACGUGAGCCUGGACCUGACAGUAAAGACGACUCAGAUGACACUGCUGCUGCUGCUGUGUCAGGCCCACAGGAGAAACAUAACUCAUCUCAGCAGCCAGAAGAGUUAAGAGAUGAGCUGAACACGGAUCCAGAUGUAGAUCACCAGCCUUCCACUGUGGCCAGCGAAGACCUGGUGAACUGUGAACGCUGUGGCCAGGAAGUGUCGGUUUGGGAAAUGCCUGAACACAAUGACUAUCACUUUGCUUUGGAUCUCCAGAAUUCACUCUCUUCAUCCACAAAUUCAGCACCCACCUCUUCUUCUGCUGUCUCUUCUACCUCCAGCAUCUCUCUAACUCCUCUCAGAGCCCAGUCGGCACGAGGCAAGACAAAAACCAGAGGCCAGUCAGGACCACAGCCGAAAAGACAUCGCUCCCAAGGUGGAAAUACAGGCACUCUGGAUUCUUUUUUCAAGAAGAACUGAUGAUGUUCAUCUUUCCUCUGCUGUUGGCGCUGCUCUGCUUCAAACUUGGACUCAAGUGCUGCUGCUUUUCUGCCUUUUAAGAUGUGUUUUUAAACCAAAUAAAAUACAAACCUGACAAUAUGCAUAUGCAUAUCACAGACAUGCAAAUACAGUUAAUGUUUAUGCUCAAAGAAUGGAAACCUAUCUUGUAAGGGGAUACACAAGGGCUUGUUUUAGUAAAUAAGUGUCUACAAAUUACUUAAAGUGCUUAUUUAUGUACUUUGUUCUCAUAUGGUUUUUAUUAUAAAAUGACAUGCAAUACUUUGAAGGAAUAAUUUUAUGAAUCAGACUAUAUUAAAGACACUUUUUAAAAUUUUGUG